GUAAAAAGGCCCUGAUUUUACUCAUUUUACAGCGACGCUGGAAAUUAGCCCAAUUACGAAUCGACACGUGUACAGUUGUCGCUCUCCCUGCCCCUUCGUUCGAUGCGUUGGUGCCGAAACUUCAGAUGGUAGCAAGAAGACAACGAUAAUCGAACUGAUUAUGUCUUAAAUCCGACGUAAUCAGCUGAUUAAUCAGAUCCUUCAGAGGUUGGUAAGGAAGAAGACUAAGAGGAAGAAGCAGGAGGAGAAGAAGAAGUCUUCGUCUGAGGAUGAAGCUCUCUGCUUUGCACCAGAGCUACUUGAAUCGCCGGAGCAACAGCUUCAGAUCCCCCCCGCCGCUGGAUUCUACGGCUGAUGGCUCCGGCAAGUCUCCGGCGGCGUUGUUCUGGCUCUUCAUCCACUGUCUCUGCUGCUUGAUAAGUCUUGUCCUUGGAUUCCGCUUCUCGCGCUUGGUCUUCUUCUUAUUCUUCUCCAUUUCCUCCACGACCCUUCACUUGGCGCCGUUACGGUCGGACCUGCCGUCUAAGCACAUCGAUGUCCGAACUCUUGGUCGGACUCCGGAACCGCCUGCUCUGAACGCAACGGCGACGAGCUCGAGAGUUGUUGUCGGGAGACACGGGAUCCGGAUCCGACCGUGGCCGCAUCCGAACCCGGUCGAGGUCAUGAAGGCUCACCAGAUCAUCGAGAGGGUUCAAAGAGAGCAAAGGACGAUCUUCGGUGUGAAGAGCCCGAGAAGGGUCAUCGCCGUCACGCCGACGUACGUACGGACCUUCCAGGCCCUCCAUUUGACCGGGGUGAUGCACUCGCUCAUGCUGGUUCCGUACGAUCUGGUCUGGAUCGUGGUCGAAGCCGGUGGAGCCACCAACGAGACAGCUUCGAUCGUCUCCAAAUCAGGGCUAAGGACGAUUCACGUUGGAUUCGAGCAGCGAAUGCCCAAUACCUGGGAGGAUCGAAGCAAAUUAGAGGUCAUGAUGAGACUUCGCGCUUUGAGAGUUGUGAGGGAGGAGAAGCUUGAUGGGAUUGUGAUGUUUGCUGAUGAUAGUAAUAUGCAUAGUAUGGAGCUCUUUGAUGAGAUUCAGACAGUGAAGUGGUUUGGUGCUAUUUCUGUUGGAAUUCUGGUACAUUCUGGCAAUGCAGAGGAGAUGAUAAUGCCGAUGGAGAAGAGAAGGGAGAUUGAGGAAAGCUCGUCGUUGCCUGUACAAGGUCCGGCCUGUAAUUCAUCCGAUAAAUUGGUUGGAUGGCACACUUUUAAUACGCUGCCAUAUGCGGGGAAAAGUGCUGUAUACAUAGACGAUAUGGCUGAGGUGUUGCCUCAAAAGCUGGAGUGGUCUGGCUUUGUUUUGAACUCUAGGUUGUUUUGGGAGGAUGCUGAGAAUAGACCAGAAUGGGUCAAGGAUUUUGGCUCGUUGAAUUGGAACGACGAUAUAGAGAAUCCGUUAUCUCUCUUGAAAGAUACUACUAUGGUAGAGCCAGUUGGAAGCUGCGGAAGACAAGUUCUGCUCUGGUGGCUUCGUGUUGAAGCCCGUGCUGAUAGCAAAUUCCCACCCGGGUGGAUAAUUGACCCGCCAUUGGAGAUCACGGUCCCGGCCAAACGAACGCCAUGGCCGGAUACUCCUCCCGAGCUACCCUCCAACACUAAACCUGCAAUAACCUCCCAAGAAAACACACCCGUGGUGUCAAAGCAUUCGACCAAGACCCGUAGAUCAAGACACCGUAGCAAGAGAAAACACGAACCUAAGCCAACCGAUACCCAGCUUCCCUCGAAGCAGUCAUCGCCGAGGAAACCGAGAAACUAGAUCAUUAUAUACGCAUAUAUAUGUAUACCCGGGAAAUCUCAUACAUUCCCCAGGAUCAUGGACAAGAAACCGAGAGAAAUCUCUCCGAUAGUGCGAGGACACAGAUCAGCAUCAGGCAUUUUACCAUGGGGAAUGAUCAGUUUCCGCCAUCUUUUAUUGAGAUCUUUCUGGAAAAAAAAAAGGAUAUCUUUGUGCCAAUUCACGGAUUGUUUCGUGCUUGGAUUUGUCCGUAGAAACUUGGUUUUUGUUGUAUAGUAGCAUUCUCAUUCAUUGUGCUUUUCUCUUUACCUCAAGAACUGGAAGAGUACAAGUCUUGCAUUGCAUUGAUGAA